AUGCUUCUCUCUAGGAGGGACCUGGAGUUUGUUCAGCGGAACCCCCUAAGGCCGAUUCUUGUAUCUUUUAUGAAUACAUUCAAGGUACCCGAUGAAGAAGACAAGCGUACUUCCAAAGAAAAAGAAGAAGAUGAUAAAUCCAAUAUCUCAGCAAUUUGUAAACUUCUUGUCGACUUGGCUAAUUAUGCCAUUGAAAAAAAUAUUGGAUCAGGCUUUGAGGUAGCCCUAGACGGACAACUUAUUUCUCUUUACUCCUGUCUUCGAGCCGAAAAAAUUAGAGCCAAAUUCUUUGAUCCAUUGACUCAAGCGAUUAAUAAUUACUGCAGUGAUACCGAAAUCUGGAAGACUGUCUUCCAACUUAUCAGUGACUAUUCUUGGUCAAAAGAAAUUCCUUCAAAAAUGAUUUUGCACUCCUUCUAUGGUUCACCCUUCAUACCACCAUCCGCAAAAUCAAUGCCGGAGAUAGAUAGCGAUGAUAGUAAUCGAGAUUUUUUAUACGACAUAGAUGAUUCUGACAAAUGGAAAGUUUUGAAAAGAUUGAUGAAACCGGAAUUGAGCGAGACGACAUUUGAAAAUGUCGGUGGCUUUUGGAAAAAGUACUUUGAAGAUAAGGAAUGGGUGGAACGAUGCACACUUGUCUUCAAUGCUCUAAAUCAGACUCACUCUGGCUGUAUUGUACCUCAAUAUCCCGAUAUGCUCAAUGAAACUACUUUCUGGAUGUGGUUAGAGACACUUCAAACCCACUUUUUAGACCAGUGUCCAGACUCUCCAGUUAAAGUUGUAACAGGCGAUCCUGAAGUCCCAGAGCAAGAGCAGCCAAAUAUCUCGCGAUGUAAAUAUAAUCGAUUAAAGAAGUCAGGAGAAAAACGAUAUGACGAAACUCGGUGGCAAUUGGACAUUUUCUCCAAGUUUCGCCACGUGCCCGAGGAUCGGAUUCACCACUGGAAAGACGUGCUGGUAGUGGGCGUGGUGACUAGCUUAGACAUAACCAAAGUCUGGAACAGAAUGUACCUGCGGCUCGCUGUCUAUAUGCGAGAAAUACUACUGACACAGCAUUUGCGCAAGUCUGUCCAUGGAUUUAUGUUAUUUGGCACACAACUACAGCUGUGGGUGUUUGAUCAUUCCGGCAGCUUCAGCUCUGAUACUAUUGAUAUAACGAAAGAGCCAGAACGUUUCAUUCGCGCAAUUGUCGGCUACACGUUUAUGAAUGAUGGAGAGCUUGGGCUUGACCAAUCCCUAAGGCGAGAUGGUGAACGGACUUUUGUCACGAUUAAGGAUGCGUACACUGGAGAGGAUAAAGAGGUGGAGCUUGAUCCUGCGCCCAUUACAAUGCGGCAAGCAAAUGACAUGCAUGGUAACGUUUGCUUCAAAGCAGUUGACGGGUCAUGCAUGGUGAAGUUUGCGUGGAAAACGGUGACUGAUGGGCCAUCUGAAGUCGAUAAGCUUCGAGCACUUCAGCAUAUACAGGGUAUACCAAAGCUAAUAGGGUCAGCCGAAGGCACUACUACUUCUCAGCUCCGAAGUGGGCUAAAAUUUACGACGGACAUGGCAAAGAAGAUCAAAGAGGAGAGGCGGGAAUCGGAUUCAGAUCGCGAUUGGGACGAAGACUACGAUUCAUGA